UCUCCACCCACCAACCGGGCCAGGAUCUGAGAGAGAGGGGGAGAGAGGGAGAGAGAGAUCGUAAGAGAGGGUUCGCUCGUGAAGCCAGCUGGUCUGGCUUGGAUUCUGCUCUGGCGUGGGGCGGCGGUGACACAAGGUGAACGCAGCACACAGAAGCUACCUUGGCUCGGCGGAUUUUCCCCCCUUGUGUCCGGCAUCAGGGCUGGAGGGAGGGGAGGCUGCGACUGAUAAAAGUGUGGGAGGAGGAGGAGGGAGGAGCGGCAAAAUCGGAGUGGGGGGGGGACCGUGAACUUGAGCUUGCGGCACACGGGAGGGGAGGUGCGUGACGUCAUUUAUGGACUCCCCUUGUGAGUUGUGACUCACGUUGAUUUUCGUUUGGUGGCGCCGUGGGUUUGUUACCAUCGGCAUUGGCGAGACAAAUAACCUUGAGGGCGAGGAGGAAGAGUGACAACACCGCCGCAGAGACAGAGAGAGAGCAAUAGAUACCAACACGAGCGGGAGAAGAAAAUUGGAGCGUGCAAGCGAGAAGUUGGGGUGGGUGAGUGGGGGGGUCCGGUGGGUUGGGUUGGGGGUGCCGGGGGAGGGUGCAGGAGGGAGGAAGAGUUUGAGGCCGCCCUGGUGGAACAUCUGAGUGAGCGAGACGAUGGGGCGUAAGAAGAUCCAAAUCAUGCGAAUAGUGGACGAGAGGAACAGACAGGUGACGUUCACGAAGCGCAAGUUCGGGCUGAUGAAGAAGGCGUACGAGCUGAGCGUGCUGUGCGACUGCGAGAUCGCGCUCAUCAUCUUCAACAGCUCGAGCAAGCUCUUCCAGUACGCGAGCACCGACAUGGACAAGGUGCUGCUCAAGUACACCGAGUACAGCGAGCCGCACGAGAGCCGCACCAAUUCCGACAUCGUGGAGGUGCUGAGCAAGAAGGAACACAAGGGAGGUGAGAGCGGCGGCGAGGGACAGGAUGGCGACGGCCUCGACGGCGGAUUCCUGCUCGCGCCGGGGACCCAGGAUAAAUACCGGCGCAUCAACGAGGAGUUUGACAGCAUGAUGCGCAGCCAGAAGCUCGUGCCGGCCUCUGGCUUCCACCUGCCGAUGUCUCUGUCGAUGGGCGACCCCUCGGGGGUCUCGCUGCCAUCCUUCUCCGUGGGGGGGCCCUCAGUGGUGGACUCGAGCCCCUGCGGGAUGCUACCCCCUCCGCCCCCUCCCCUCCAUCCCCAAAUGCAGGGGGCGCUUCUACGUCUCACGGGGGGCUCGCCAGCUCCCCCGGCCCAGGUCAACGGCUACUGCAGCCCAGCCCAAGUGUCACCCAGCCACCUGGGCUCACCGGGAGGGGGCAGUCUGGGGGGCAGCAGCACGGGGGUGCAGGGCCUGCUGGUGGGGGGGGGCUCCGGUGCGGGGGUGCUGGGCCGCGCUCCCCCCGGGCGCUCCCCGUCCUCGCCGGGCGCGCUCGGGGCGGACAGCUCGUCGCCGGGACUCGGCGUGGGGCUGUCCAACUCGGCGGGGCGAUCGCUCGCUCAGGCCGGGAACAAGGGCGGCCUCAUCCCGACGGCGCUGCUCGAGGAGCAAGAUUUGGAUCUGACUCGGAGACUUGGCGUUGCCCAGGCCAGUUCAUCGCCUGGGUUCCACUGUGUGAUGCCAUCUUCUUACGAUUUGGGAUUGACUGGUGCUGAGCUGGCCACCCUGUCCAGCUUUGGCCCCAUGUCGCCCUGGCAACGACAGGGAGGACCCCUUGGGCCCACGCUCGGAGCACUCACGGACCGGGCUUCGGGCAUCGGAAGCUCCUACCUGCCUCACCCGCAUCAGCAGCAGCAUCAGCAGCAGCAACACCAGCAGCACCAGCAGCAGCAGCCACCACAACAACACCAGCUGCACAGAGUACAGGGAGGCACGCAGUCAGACCACUCUCCCGCCGACAGCCUGAGCAGCUCCGCCAGCUCGUACGACGACGGCACGAGCGACCGGGACGACGUCGCCACCUCAAGCGUCCGGUCCCUGGGCCACGCUUCGCACGGGGCCUCUCAGGGUUCCCUCUCUCCUACCUCGGCCAAGCGCCUACGGCUCGGCGAGCAACGGUGGAUCACAUGACGGAAUUCAGCUGCCGCCACCCCCGUUUUUCCCUGCUGUCACCCCGUCCUCUCUCACUCCCCCCCCGCCGCUCAACAACCCCUGAUCUUGAAUUCUUGCUCUUUUUCUGCUGCGUCCCAAUUGCGGCCACCCCACGCUGCUGCUGACACCAUCCACACCCUGCAGGAACGAAUGGGCCUCCGAGCGUUGUAUGCACAGGGUGCUCAUUUGGGUGACAGCUAAGAGAUAACCUUGGUUUAUGAAAAGGAAAAUAAUCGAAUACUCGAAGCACAGCUUACUCUUGGCCACUUUUACAGUUAGCGUAUUAAAGGAGCUUGAAUUGUGGAAUAUUUUGAGGCCAGAGAACUAUUAUGUGGCCAUAUUUAAUGAUGUGCAUGUCCACGCCGUGAUUUUCUAUUGAGGCACAAUUUCGAGGCACCGCUAAUUGGCGACAGACUCUGGCCCGGUAGUAAACUGCAUUUCUGUGCUCCAGAAUCUGUCGAACUUCCCCAAGCGCCGCUAUUGGCGCGAUUGAUUACCCAUUAAAUUUCGAUUUAAAGCUUUCGUGACUCCAGGAAAUUCAUCUUCUUGGUUCUAUCGGUAAAGUCACGUAGAAGGGAAAUAAUAAAAUAAUACAAAUAAAACAUAAUAAAAUGUAUUUUAUGAUGUUUUAUGUAUGUUUAAUUUUUAUUAUUUCCCUUCUACGUGACUUUACCGAAAGAACCAAGAAGAUGAUCACCCAUUGUCCUGGCUUGGGCCCGCGGCUCACCGCUCUCUCGAUCGUACGAGUUGAUCGUCGAUUUUAACAGCAUUGCCAACGGGAGAGGAAUUUUCUUUUAAUUCACGUCGGUCUCAUUUAUCUUAAACGCUUAUUUUUUGCCGGCGGCUGUGCUUUGAGGCGCUUAUUGGCUCGCGCAACGAUGCGGUGAUUGGAACCAAGUGGCCACCCUGUGCGUUGGCCCCGGCACAGGCAUUUUGAGAACGUGGGGCUUGGCAAGGCGGAGUGGUGGUGUGUGCGCGCGACGCCUGGCGGUCUCGUUGGAAGGGCGCGUGCGGCGUGAUAGAUGUUUGCCUUUAGCCAGCUUUAGCUGAAUUACGCCACAGAGAGCCAAUGUAGGUUGACGAUGACGAUGAUGAUGAUGUUGGUGAUGGGGAUGUUUGUGACGGUCCUUUUUGAAGAGCACAGCAAUGUCGAUGGUGAAGGUGAUAAUGUGGAAUCUGGUGAUGUUGGAGAGAGUGGAUUACGGCGAACGUUGUGAUGGUGACGAUGGUCCAGCGGAAUGCGGCGGAGAUGGUGAUGAUGGAGGGGUCACUGAAUAAAGUAAAGUGAUGAUGAUGAUAGUGGUUACCGGAGAUGUUAAUGGUAAUACCGAUGGUGGCAAAAUGGAUGGUGAUUGAUGAUGAUAAGGGCAUUGAAGGUGAUGAUGGUGAUAAUGUCAGAGGUGACAGAGGUAGUGGUCAUGAUAUAAGAUGAAGGUGUUUAUGGAUGUGACUUGAUGGUGAUGGUGACAGUAAUGAUAACAGACACGGUGAUAAUGAUAAUGCAAACACUUUCUAUGCCAAGUUGGAACUGUUGUUGACAAACAUCAGCAUUGAAGGUGUGAGUUUCACCAAUGAAGUGAAUUGCUUCCAUUUCUGUAACAAACCUGCCAUGCAUUCUUCCCUCGCACACCUUUGAGGCCCCACUUAUCCCUAAUCAAUUGCGAUACAAGCUGGACUUGUACCACAAAUAUCUUGAAACCAACUUGGGAUUUGACGGCGAGAGAUUGAAAUGAGUCAGAAAGUGUACAGAGCUAUAAGAAACAAACAAAAUACCUAAUAUAAAAGUGAUAAUUAUUACAAAUAAUAAUGACUCUUGCGGUAAACUGUUCACCCCGCAAAAGCAUCAUGCCUUUUUCUCUGAAGCUUGUUUUUAAAUUAGCACGAUAAUUUAAGCGAAUUAAAUGAGAGGUUUAAAAAAUAAAAAAACGAACGUGGAAGUUUAUCGCUGACGAAGUAUAAAAGCACUGAUGUUUUAUUUGUUCAAGAUUUAAUAAAAUGUAGAGUUUGGCCAAAUGUUA